AUGACUACCCGUUCACGCCACCUCACCGGCUUUGUAUUCCCGCCGUCGUCGCUGCCGCCGAUGAAAGAAGCGCCGGCUGCUGUGGAAACCAAUAACUCAUACGUGCUAUUUCUGGCAUUCGUUCUCUUCCCGCUCAUCGGCAUACUUGUCAUCGUCAUACGCCAGUGCUGCUGUUGGAUCCGCCGCCUGUCGCCAAUUACGGCAGCCCCCCACAAGGGCCUGAAGGUACUAAAGGCCCUCCCGAAGAUGACCCUCGGGGAGGAAGAGGUUGCCGACUGCGCCAUCUGCUUGGGUGAGUUUGUCGCCGGCGAGGAAAUCCGGGUGCUUCCGCAGUGCAAGCACGCGUUCCACGUGACGUGCAUCAACACGUGGCUGAGGUCUCAAUCGUCCUGCCCCUGCUGCCGCGCGAUUCUGGUGUAA